AUGGCAGUCAAUCCACCAACUUUCCUGAGGAUCCCUACAGAGAUCCGCAUGAUGAUAUACGAGCAUCUUUUGGCGACCAACGAGCACAAUGCCAUUGCCAUCCGCAAUUUUCCUGAGGACAAAAAGGGCGACUACGUCAAGCAGAAAUGCAGGAGCAAAUACAACAUUAUCGACCGGACAUUCGCCCGUCGCUCAUAUCAGACCACCUACUAUCGGGCGUCAAAGGCCGAGCUGGCGCCAGCCAUUCUCGCCGUGAACCGCCAGAUCAGAGAAGAGGCCUCGUGCUAUUUGUACGGGAAGAAUAUGUUCACAUUCGGACAUGAUCUUGAGGCUGUCGUGCCAUUCAUGGAGGACCGCACCAAAUCGACUCGGGAGCUUGUCCGGGAGAUUUCGCUGCAAAAGAAAGCAUGCGGCGGCGACGACUUGGAAGCCGACUCGUACGCCUGGACGGGCGUUUGCCGCUACAUGAAGGGCAUGGACAGUCUCAAAAAACUUCGCGUCGUCGUUCAGGCGGGGUUGCCCACCGCCGAAUGGGAGGGACCUCGGCAACUGAGCGUCUCCGACUUGAGGUUGUUGUAUGCAACCAAGCAUCAGAGUCUAGAAUGGGUCAGAGAGUUGGCGCAGAUCGGCGACAUCGAGUCAGUCGAGAUCGUCGCAGACAUGUCACCCACGGCGAAGCCCGACAACAGCGCGUCCCUCAUCUCGGCUGCGUUUUCUAAUUCAAUCGAGACGUCUUUGAUUGAGUUUAUGAGGGCAGACUUGGGGGUGCCUGCGGUGAGCCCCGCAAUGGAAGCAACCUGA